AUGAAGAUGAAAGAGCUUGGUAUUUGGCGAAUGGGUGAAUUGGUGCAAGGUUGCGGUCUUGGCAAAAGCUUGGAUAGAAGUUUGAUGGAAAUUUUUUGGGUGCAACAACCUUACAUUCAAUGGAUUAAAGAAAGAAACAAAGAUCGUCGUUGGCCUUUUGCCAUAGAAAAGCCUUUGUACCCUCAAGAGCCAGAUCAACCUGAUGAUGUACUAAAUAGAGAUUAUGAGUUACUGCAAGCCCAGAAUCAACGAUUGCUUGAGGAACGUGAGACUAUGGAGGUAAAGUGUCUUGUGGCUACACAAGAGAAGACUAAACUAGCCCACAUACUCAAAAGAUUUAAGGGAGAGAUGCCAAGUGUUGCAAAAAAGAGAUCAAGGUCUGAACACAAUCAUGUCUCUGUUGAAAAUCACUGGAAAAUUGUAGCUGAGAUCGAAAAGAAAUACAAACAGAAGUGUCGAGAUUGUGAGAUCCUUAAAGCAUUCAAAGCUGACCUGGAGAAGAGAUCUGCUGCAACUACAGAUGAAGUGAAUGGAACUCUGAAUCCUCCUCUAGGAGAUGCUGGAAAUCUUGUAGGGGCUAUUGUCAAUAAUCAUGCUGCUAAUCCGAGUGGUCAGAAUCUGAAUGGUAAUGCUGGUGUUAAUCUUGGGAAUGGUUCUGCUGUUAACCUUGGUACUCUUGCUGGUAAUAAUCAAGGUAUCCCUGUGAUUUAA